GUUUCAGAUAAUUAUGGUGAUGGUAUUCCGCAAGCUCACUGCGGUACAGUAGAAGGGCCAAGAAGCCAAAAAAGAAAAAGAAAAAAUCCGAAGCCAAAAGAAGGAAUAAGUUCGGCACAGACAGGUACGAGAGAAAGAGAAAGAUGUAAAGCUACUAUCCUAAUUCCUAUCCCCCCCAAAAAAUGGCACUCUUGUCCACUUCUGGUCUCUGUUUUCAACUACUGUAGAAGAGAAAAACCCCCAUUUUCAGCUCCAAUUCAUAAGCUUCGCCUCUUCUCUGUUUUUCCCUUCCAAGAUUAGAGUCUUCCAAAAUUUGUGUUGCAAAUGAUCUGGGUUGGACCCGAACUGGUAACACGCUGGAGAUCAACUGUACAUUGAGAUGUGAAGAAGUAUCUACUUGUGUACAUGUAUUGUGAGUUUUUGGAUAUACGAGAAUAUAUAGGAAUGUGAUUCUAGUACAGCAAUCAUGGACUGAAAUAUCAACUAUAGCAGCAAGAAAUGUAGAAGGUAUCGCGAGAUGCUUCAUAUUGCCAUCGCUAAUAGUAAUUCUAGGCAUUUCAUUUGGAGCUGGUUGAUCAAUUUUUGCAUUUUUUUCAGCCACUUUUUUUUUUCAAUGGCUGAGAACACCAAUUUACUUGCAUUUUCAACUCCUAAAUUUAGAAUAUUCAUUCGCUUUUGUUUUGAUGAAUUGUUUCUUUGGUGUUGUCAUAAGGGGUUUAAAAUCUAAGGAAUUCUCAUUUAAAUUGUGCUGAUUUUGAUGACUAUGGUCAUCUUCUCUUCAGGCACCUUAAUUAGUUCUGGUGAUUAAGUUUCAGAUCUGGGAUUCGAUAUGUUCAUGUAACUUAAGGAUUGUCUUCACACUACUUUCUGUAUCAAUGGGCAUACAGAAGAUUUGCCAUCGGAGUUCAAGUUCUGAUAAAGUUUCUUGUGUCUUCAAUGGUGAAGUCAAGCUGAUGAGAGAUAACCCAGUCCUGGGAGCAGACUCAGGGAAUGAUUCAGAUGAUUGUGAACUUGCUGAAUUGAACUGUGAGCUUGGCAUGGUGGAAGGCCAGUGGUGCUGCAUACCAUAUGAGCUCUAUGAUCUUCCAGAUUUGAGGGAAAUAUUAUCUCUAGACACAUGGAAUUUGUGUUUAACAGAGGAAGAAAGGUUCCAUCUGUCAGCUUACCUUCCAGACAUGGACCAAGAGACGUUUUGCUUGACUAUGAAGGAACUUUUUGAUGGUAGUGAAAUAUAUUUUGGGAAUCCGUUGGAUAAAUUCUUCAAAAAAUUGAAAGCUGGAUUCUACCCUCCAAAGGUGGCGUGCUUCAGAGAAGGCUUGCAGUUUUUACAAAGGAAACAAUAUUAUCAUUCGCUUAGAGCUUACCAUGACAGGAUGAUACAAAAGUUUAUAGACAUGAGAAGGUUAUGGGAUCAGCGUGAAAUGAGUCCUGGUAUUGAGGAAAAUAUUUUCACUUGGAAAAACAGGAGAAAACAAAAGAGCACCAACACGCUUGAUCUAAAUGAAUCUCCUGAUGACGAUCAUCUGUUAAGUGAGAAGGUCAACUUGGAAUUGAAGGCAACGAAGCUAGUGGAGAGUGAGAAUUCAGCCAAGGACAGGCCACCCUUUCUGUCUGCCAACAGGCCAAAAUUUGCAGCUCCAUACUGCAGACCAAAGGGGGUUCUAAAGAAGAAGGCAUCCGGCAGUGAUUCAUUCCAUAAUUACAAUUCAAAGAUGGUUGUGGCUGACUUCUCAGAACACUAUCGAUCAUUGCCCAAAGGACUGUUGAAAAUAGUACCUAAAGUUCCUUCAGUUCACCUGGAACAAUCAGGCAUUGUGCCAACAGGAGUGCAAUCAAACUUUCCUUCUGGGACUCAUGGCAUACGGGAUUUUAAGUUUUCUCCUUUACCAACUUCUCUAUGCUCUCAGAAUGCAGGUAGCCUGCAUGAAUAUCCAUUUCUAAGGCAAAAGGCUGAUGGUAGCAGAGUUUAUUCUCCUCUGGACCAACCUCAGUUUCUAAUGGAUCCACAGGAAAGUGUUAGGGCAACCAGUAAUCACCCAGAAAGCUCCUCAAGAAAAGUGAAACUGGAAACACCUUCAUCUUUAGAUGACAAUUCUGUUUUAGGAAAACACAAAUUGUUUGGAGUUGAUAUGGGAAGGUUUCUGAAUAAGGAAUGCAAGUCAUCCUUGGAGACAGUGGGUGCAAUGCCGUAUGCCUUUGGUAGUGAAAAUCCGAGGGCAAAUUUGGGCAGAGAAUUUAAUGGCUCUUCCCUGAGAUCCUUGGAAUCAUUCCCAUUUCGUAUCCAAUAUCAGGGAGGGGAGCAGCACAUGACACCCUUAAAAGAAGAGCAUCUCACUAUCCAUCCAAGAAUUCCAGAAGUGGUUCCCACAAUUUCAGAUGUUGGCAAUGGUAAGCAAGAAACGUUAAUGGGUUCUUCUUCACACCAAAAGAAUGGUGAGAGUGAUGUCAGCAUCAGAAAAUUGGAGAAGCUAUCGAGUAAAUCCAUUGUCUCGGAGGCAUUUAAGGAUAAAAAGUUACUGCCAUUGACGUACAAGCGAAGGAAAGUUGUAACUAAGGCCAACUCAUUAAACUUUGGCAAGUCACUAACAGCAGCUGCUGAUUUGAAGUCUGCAAUUCCAAAAGAAUCAAAUCAAGAUUUUAGGGAAGGUGUGAAAACUGUGAAGAUAAAAUUAAUGGGAUUGAAAGAUAUGCCCUUGGACAAGGAACCUGAAACAGCACUUCAUGGACUAAAGUAGGUACUUCCUAGUAAUAUCAAUUUUCUUUGUGGUUUCCACAAAAUUACUCUGUAGUAUAUGCUUUCUAAGAUGUGUAAAUCGAAGUAUAGUGCAAAAAGAAAGUUCCCAUCGUCGUGAUAA